AUGAGCCGUCAACCGGAGACAUCGUCGAACUUGAAGCUGAUUUCAUUGGUAGUGUUGAUCGUCCAAACAACAGCACUCGUAUUGACACUUCGGUACAGUCAAACGCAGCCAACCGACGGUCCCAAGUAUCUUUCAUCGACAGCGGUCGUUUGUGCUGAAAUAGUAAAACUGUUUACAUGCUUCUUCGUUUUAUAUAGGAAUAAUGGUUAUCGAAUUUCUGGAAUGAUGUAUGAAUUGAAUCGAGAGAUUUUUGCGACACAUCAAACACGAAUGGACACUUUGAAAGUUGCGGUUCCAGCCAUCAUGUACGUAGUGCAGAAUAACCUCUUGUUUUUUGCUCUUAAAAAAUUAGAUGCUGCCACCUACCAGGUGACAUAUCAACUCAAAAUUCUCACCACUGCUUUCUUUUCCGUUGCUCUUCUCGGGAAAUCGUUGAAUCGCUACAAUUGGAUGGCUCUGAUCCUCUUGACUGCUGGAGUAGCUCUUGUUCAAUACCCGAGUGGAGACGCCAAACCAAAAGCAACAGAACACGAGGCUUCUGACAAUAUUUUGGGUCUUGCUGCUGUUCUUGCCGCCUGUUUUUCCAGUGGAUUCGCCGGAGUGUACUUUGAAAAAAUUCUCAAAACUUCUCACGUGUCGCUAUGGAUUCGAAAUGUCCAACUUGCAUUUUUCUCGGUAUUUGGAAGCUUUUUCGUGUGUUGGUUGUAUGAUUGGGAAGCGAUUAAUCAGGAUGGAUUCCUUCGCGGUUACAACAAAGUCAUCUGGAUUGUUGUCAUGCUUCAAGCUUAUGGUGGACUCGUAAUUGCUCUUGUUGUCAAGUAUGCUGAUAAUAUUCUCAAAGGUUUUGCUGUAUCGCUCUCGAUCAUCCUUUCAUCAUUGAUGUCAUGGCUUGUUCUAGGAGAUCUCACGAUUACCACAACAUUCACCAUUGGUGCAGCCAUCGUCAUCUUUGCCACGUUCUUAUAUGGUCAUGAACCGAAAAAGCCGGUUGUUGUUCACAGUGCCUAA